UGCGGGGCCCGGCGGCGGUGGGGUCGGACGUCGUUGGCCGCCGCGGGCGUGAGGGGUGUGGCAGGGUCGAGGGGCAGGGGCGGCCGCGGAUCUCCACUGCCGGAGCUGGUUGGAGCAGGCGGGCCUGAGGCUGCAGCCCGGGUCGCCUUCGGGCGCCUCCCUGGGGAAGGCGGGCUCGGGGGUCCCUGGUGCGCCGAAGGCCGAGGUGGGCCCGCGGCUGCGUCCCCGACCUUGGGCGCCUUCACUUGCCUGCCUGGGACCGCGCUGGCCUGGCAUCGAGUGACAGACACCUCACAGACGCCACGGCUGCUGUCACUUCCCUGCUGCGCGCCUCCCACAGGCGGUUUGAAUUGGCGAGUGCCCGUGCGUCCAUUGUUCUGUCUUCCUGCGAAGUUAUUCAUCCUGGUGGUCAGCCCACCGACAGAAUGGAUUUGGAUCUGCUGGACCUGAAUCCCAGAAUUAUUGCUGCAAUUAAGAAAGCCAAACUGAAAUCGGUAAAAGAGGUUUUGCACUUUUCUGGACCAGACUUGAAGAGACUGACCAACCUCUCCAGCCCCGAGGUCUGGCACUUGCUGAGAACAGCCUCUUUACACCUGCGGGGAAGCAGCCUUCUUACAGCACUGCACCUGCGCCAGCAGAAGGAGCGGUUCCCCGCACAGCACCAGCGCCUGAGCCUUGGCUGCCCAGUGCUGGACGCACUUCUCCGAGGUGGCCUGCCCCUGGAUGGCAUCACUGAGCUGGCUGGACGCAGCUCGGCAGGAAAGACCCAGCUGGCGCUGCAGCUCUGCCUGGCCGUGCAGUUCCCACGGCAGCAUGGAGGCCUAGAGGCUGGAGCCGUCUACAUCUGCACAGAAGACGCCUUCCCACACAAGCGCCUGCAGCAGCUCAUGGCCCACCAGCCACGGCUGCGCACUGACGUUCCAGGCGAGCUGCUUCAGAAGCUCCGAUUCGGCAGCCAGAUCUUCAUCGAGCAUGCAGCCGACGUGGACACCUUGUUGGAGUGUGUGACUAAGAAGGUCCCUGUUCUGCUGUCUCGGGGCAUGGCUCGCCUGGUGGUCAUCGACUCGGUGGCAGCCCCAUUCCGCUGUGAGUUUGACAGCCAGGGCUCCGUCUCCAGGGCCAGGCGUCUGCAGUCCCUGGGGGCCACGCUGCGUGAGCUGAGCAGUGCCUUCCAGAGCCCCGUGCUGUGCAUCAACCAGGUGACAGAGGCCGUGGAGGAGCAGGGCACAGUGCACGGGCCACCGGGGUUCUGGGAUGAGCGCAUUUCCCCGGCCCUUGGCAUAACCUGGGCCAACCAGCUUCUGGUGAGACUGCUGGUUGACCGGCUCCGUGAGGAAGAGGCUGCCCUCGGCCAGCCGGUACGAACCCUACGGGUGCUGUUUGCCCCCCACCUGCCCCCCUCCUCUUGUUCCUACACAAUCAGUACAGAAGGGGUGCGAGGGACACCUGGGACCCAGUCCCACUGACACGACAGCAGCUGCAGAACAGCCCUGCCUGAGAAGCCCUGACACUGGCGCUCCGGCCUUUAAAAUGCUGUCUGCCUUGGCCGUGGCACAGCUGGGAAUCUGGUUCAGAGCCCUCCUCCAGGGCAGCAGCUCCACUUUCUCAACUGAAGAUGGUGACCACGGACUGAUUCCCACCUGAGCUGGGCGGGAGGCGGGGGUGGGGCGCACUGUUCCACCCCUCCCUGGGUUUGGGGGCAGGCCUGGCUUGCUGGGCACCUGGUCCCCACUGCUGAGCUGGCCCUUGGGGGGCAGGUGAUUCUCAGGGCUGGGGCCUGGAGGUGUCCCUACAGUGACCCCCUGGAAGCCCCGCUGCUUUGGCUUUCCACAUGAAAGCCCACCUGGGGUCAGGUCUGAGGCCUGGCACCUCAGACCCCACAGCUCCCGGGGCCCUGCCCACCAGGGAUCCCUUCCUCCACACAGAGCAGUCCUUGCUCCCCCUACCACCCAGGCCACAGCGGGGCUGCAGGCAGGUGGUUCCUCCUCACCCACCUCUGGGUCCUCGGCUCCUGGGGACCCCAUCACAGCACACACUGUGCCUCUCAAAACUUCAAUGUGUGGUACAAGGUGAAGAAAGCAUAUCCCACUGAUCUCCAACUUCAGGGUCCAGGGGAGCCUGGGGGUGGGGGGACUGCCUUGUCUCUAGUAGUGUGGCCUGUGCCAGCACCACAGCCAGAUGGAGGCGCUCAGGCAGUGCAGGGCUGGCACAUGAUAGGCUCAUCAGUUAGCUGGGAACACAGAUAUGGCAGGACUCCUGGCAGGGCCACCUGCAGACCCAGCCGCACACUGUGGCCAGACCUCACAUCUGGCUGCAGAUGCUGACAUAUCUGCCUAGCGGCGAGAAGUGGCAUGGCCUCCUCAUGGGCAGAGCAAGGACCCUCUUGAUUUCCCACAGCAAACCUCCUCCACCCCCAAGUGCCCCCAUGUGCUGCCUGGCACCGAGCAGGCCUUUGACAAAUAAACGGCGAAUGGAUGCAGUUCCAGGACCUGCUUCUUGCUGUCUGACUGCCACUCCUCUAAGUAAU